AUGGGGGCCGAGAGUUUGAGACUUGAGAGUGUGAGAGAGGAGAAUGAGAGUGACCGAGUUUGCUCAUUCGUCGGCUUCGUCGGAAUGCUCGGGCGCCGGCUAUCGCGUGACUUCGUCCGCAUCAAAAAGAAAGGAAAGUCAAAAGAGGCGGCUAAGGGAGAUAUGGAGUUACCGAGUUAG